AGUAGGUGAACGUGAAAUUGACUUAACAUGCGACAGACCAGUUUGGUUUGUUGCCCCCAAAAUACCCUCCUUUUCCUCCCCCCCUUUUUCUGAGAAGACUUUUUUUUGGGGGGGGGGGGCCCAAACAACUUGGGAAAUUGCAUCAAGCGUCCGAACAUGCUGCUUACAACUUUAGAAACGCAAAAUGCGUUGUUGUGGGAGUUGUGUAAUUUUUAGUAGGUGCUCAAAUACUUGCUGAACUUGGUGUCUAUUUUUAAGUCUUGCCCAUUGAUGUAAACUGUCCCUAGGUCACGUGUAUCUUGAGGUCUAAAAGAUUAUUAAUGCAAUAAAUUGAAAUUCCCAUAGCCAAUUAAAGAUUCAGACGAGACUCCACUCUUUUUCAUUGGUUCUUUAAAUUUGCCUCGGUAGCUUUGCGAUGCAUGGUUUGUGAGCAACCUUUCAUGCAGAAUCGUCAACAUAAGUUUUUCUGGCCGAUGAAAAAGAACCUCUAAAAAUACAAGGCUCUCUUAAAAUGUAAUUUGGAGCCGUCUUAACUUACACAUUUCUUGAGAAGUUAAAGGCACCUCCAUGGAGAAACUUGUUCAUCUAGUAAGUAAAUACCAGAGUUUCAAAGCGGCUGGAUUGUUGCAACAAGGGUAUCAUUGCAUUAAUUAUUGAAAUAGAGCUUUGUAUACAGGAGGGUGUUGUUUAGAGUGGUUUUUUUUGAAAGUUGUUUAUUACUAAAACAAAGUGGAAACUUGAGACCACGAUUCUUUGUAAAACAUUAUAAAGGUACUUUUCUCCAUAAAGGGUAGAUAAUGGAUUGGGAUUUUGGUAGCAUUUUAUUUUUUCUUUCUUUCUGGUACAUUCUUUUAGCUGUCUUGAUUCGGAGUCAGCUAGGUAAAAGGACUCAAUUGCUUCACCCCACUCUCUGAUAGUACAGUAUAUUGCAGCUGGUUUUUAAAAUGACUUCCACCACCCUGAUCCUCCAGCAAAAUUGGAGAAUGGUUAUGAAGGCCAUUUCCUGCCUGUUUUAGAGGCUACAGAAACUGUCCGUAUCUGUAGUGAAGAGAGUUACAUGACAUUGUUUUCCUUUUUACAUUACAGGAAUAAAGAGACAAUAAAAAUAAAUAAUUACCCUGACGCGUGGCUUUAUUUUUGUUUUCUGAUCUCUGCUGAUGCUGAUAACCUGCUGUGGUCUGGCCUAGAUGGUGUUAUGGUUAACUGGAAGGGAGUUUGGGGCAAGUAUGAAAUAAUGGGAAACUAAGUCUUGGGCACCUUCUUGCCAUAAUACAAUUUCGGUAGUCAACUAAAAUGUUUUGUGUGUUACCUGAAAUGUGUGUUACUUAAAAUGUUUAAAUGUCCUCCUGAUAAUUUACUUUGGUUUGGAAUUCCCCCUAAGGAUGGAGUUAAUUAAGACUCACUAAGGUAGAGGGACAUACUUGAUUCUUCAGGAUUUUGAAUUCUAGUCCAAUACUCAUUUUGGCCAAUUCAGCAAAACUGAAAGGGAAUACUGUGUCAGUCGUGUCUGGUAGCCAGACACUGGCAUUUUGUUACAUUCUUUAGCCGAGGGUGUUGGGGUUUGCCUUCUUCCUCAGAAAAUAGUUCAGGGGAAGAGAUGCGUGGUUAAUUUGGUUCCUAACUGGUCCUCUAUUUACUGGUUUUUGAUUUUUUUUUUGAGACGGAGUCUCGCUCUGUCGUCCAGGCUGGAGCGCAAUGGCUCGAUCUCAGCUCACUGCAACUUCCGCUUUCUGGGUUCAAGCGAUUCUCCUGCCUCAGCCUCUCGAGUAGCUGGGAUUACAGUCGCUCACCGCCAUGCCCGGCUAAUUUUUGUAUUUUUGUGGAGACCGGGUUUCACCAUGUUGGCCAGGCUGGUAUUUGAACUCGACCUUCGCAGCCUAGUGCUAUUUUUAACUAGGGGGUUCUCCUUCCUUGACAGUAACAACUUGGCCUUAACUUACUGCUUGGUUACAGGGACUUUGGUGAAUGAUAUCUGUCCUCUUACCUACUCAGGAGUAUUUGUAGACUAAGUACUGCUGCUCUGGUUUCGUGUUUAACUGGUAUGGAAGCUGCCUCUAGGGGUAUUUUUGUUCUCCAUUAGCUAGAAUGGAGUGCAGUUUGUUAGUAUAGGAACAAUCCUGAACUUUGACCAAUACCAUAGCAAGUCCAAACUUACAAACUUUGUGGACUGAAGCUUUAUGCUACCCUUGCAACUGGUUUCUAAGUUGAGGAAGUAUGACGUAUCAAGCUUCCCACGCCUUAGUUCUAGUUCAGUAACUUGUACUCGGUGUCUUAAGAUCCCCAUUUGUGAAUACUCUAAAAGGUCAUUAUCUGUUCACAUUAUUUUGGCCAUAGGUAGAAAUGGCCAAGAAGCUUUUCUUUUUCUUUUUUUUUUUUUUUUUUUGAGACAGGGUCUGGCUCUGUCACCCAGGCGGGAGUGCAGUGUCACAAUCACAAACUCACUGCAGCCUCGACCUGGGGAGCUCAGGUGAUCACCCCCACCUCAGCCUCCUGAGUAGCUGGGGCUACAGGCACGCACCAGCAUGCCCACCUCAUUUUUGUAUUUUUUGGUAGAGAUGGGGUUUCACCAUCCAGUUCAACACGCCUGGAUUACAGGCAUGAGCCAUUGUGCCUGGCCAAGGCUGUUAAGUUUUCUAGAUUUGUUUCUGAGCUGUAAACUCUUCAUUCGGUGAGACCUAGUGGUCAUCUAAACUAGAGGUUUAGUUUAAAAUUCAGUUCCUCAACCUGGGGAGCACUGUUGUCAUUUUAGCCUGAUCACUUUUGUUGAGGAGUGCCCUCUGGGUUGUAGGAUGUGAAGCAACUGUUUUUGGUCUCUGCUAGGAUGCGGCCUCCUCCCCUCCCACGGUGAUAAGAAGAAGUCAAAAUUGCCUGUUUGAGAAUCACUGGUUUAAACGGACUUCCUUCUAAAAUGGUGUGAUAUGGGUGGGGUCAGGUUGUGUUACAGAAGCUAGUCUUUGUGUGCUUGUUGCGAAUUUUUCAGGUUUUCUAUUAAUCUUGCCUAAGGAAAUAACAUGCCAUGUAAAAAUUAGCAUUGUUGGAUAUCUUUGUGAGAAUGAAGCUUUUCCACUAAUACUGAGGAACCUUAACAAAAGGUGGUGAAAGAUGGUUUUCUUCAGCAGGUUCUGGGUACUUGAGGGUUGCAAAGGGAGGGCUUCGUGUUUGUGUUUGUGAGUGCAGGCUUUGGACACUGGAAACUUAACCUGAGUUUCUUGUGCUGCAGAGGGGAACUUGGUUUAAAAUCCUGCUGUUUCAACAUUUUGCUGUCUUUAUUAUCAGGGUCUUGAUGCUCGAGCAAAUUAGGUGAGAACAGAUCUAUAGGUUAGUACCCUGAAUGUCUUAAUAGCCCGUGGUCACAACAGUGUGUAGUGAAGUUAAAUAGUAUUUAAGGAAACAAUCUAACUUUUAAUGAUCCCAAUAGUGAGAAACGGCUGUUAAAGUGCAAAUUAAGUUUCUCUGCAUGAUCUAACUUUCCAAAAAGUGGCUUCUUCACCCUUAAUACCUGUUUUCUGAUUGGCCAUUGAGGUACUCUGACAAGAUCUCCUAAAAGAGAUCUUCACACCUUCACAUGCUGCCUAAAGGCAAACCGUAGUACCCCAGGAGGAGUAAGUUGCAGUUUGAGGGGCAGCCAACACUUCAGUUUAAAAAUGGGGGUCCUUGGCUUGACUCUUCUUCUUACAUUUUGGCAUAACUUUUUUAGGCACUCCUAUAUGGUCUGGAGAGAAAACUAUAAUUUUCUGCCUGAAAAGCUCAGUUUCUGAAGGGCACACUCCUAAGCAUUCUAGUCAUGGUAAAUGGUGAGGAAUACAAAUCCAGAUGGCUCCCUUGGCAGGGUUUUCACUUUUUCUUUCAAGAGCACCGCAAAGCUAGGACAUUGUGCUGUUAGAUACUUGGUAGCUGGUGGGUGAUAAAAUGUUGGACUUCUUCCCUCACCAUUCCUAUAUCUUUCAUGAAUUUUGUUUUGAAUUCUUGUUUUUAUUUUGUUUAGAAUUCUUUUUCUCAAGACAGUCUUGCUGUGUUGCCCACGCUGGUAUCGAACUCCUGAGCUCAGGCCAUCUUCCUGCACUUGGCCUCCUGAAUGGGCCCCUGGUCUGAGUAUUGGAAUAUUUACAUCUGAAUGAUUUGGGAAAUUUGCUGUACCUCAAACUCAGAGUGAAAGAAAUGUCCAACCAAAAAGCGGGCAGCCUGCUCUCCAUGCUGCCAUUUGUGUUUCAAACUGAGAUGACCAAGGUUAAGUUCAAACAGGCAGCUCUACCACUGUUGCUGAAUCGUCUUUCUUGGUAAAGGUAAAUUGUCAAACCUAUUUCCUGUGCAUCUUGGUUUGAUCAUGAAGUGAGACCAUGAAGGAAGGCAGUAAGUGUCCUUCAACACCCUCAUCCACAUGAAUAAUAUGGACCAUCUUAGCUUUGUUGAAGAGGGCUUGUUCCAGCCUUGGCAACAGAGUGAGACCCUGCUACAAAAAAGGGGGCUUGCUGACUUGAUAUGGUAUGCCAGUGAACUUUUGGGAGGGAGCCUUGAUGGGAUUGGGUAGUAGGUGAAGGCCUUUAGCUCUCAAUAAAGGAAACUGGCAUUUCUGUUUUUUACUUUUUGAGACAGGGUCUCAGGGUCUCAGCCUGCUCCCAGGCUCGAGUUCAGUGGUCUGAUCGUAGUUCACUGCAGACUCAAAAUCCUGAGCUCAAGUGAUCUUCCCACCUCAGCCUCCCAGAGUGUUGGGAGUACAGGCAUAGGCCACCGAGCCUAGCUGAUUUUUUUUUAAGGCUUUGCUGCGUUGCCCAGGCUUGUCUCCUGGCUGCGGGCGAUCCUCCUGCCUCAGCCUCCCAAAGUGCUGGGAUUACAGACAAGAACCUCUCUGCCUGGCUGGGUUUCUUUUAUUCAUUUGUUGGACCUGCUUUCUUGGUAGCAGUGGUGUAUUGAUUCCCAGUAGGAUUUAUCUGCCAGGAGAUCCUUACAGAUGAUGUAGUUCAACCGUUUUGCUUUGUGAAUUCAUUUGAAAGUAUUAUAAUUUCGAUACUUAGUAAUUAGAUGGAUUUCUUGACAUGCAUUAGAUAUAUAAGGCAGUAAUUUAACUCUGGUUCCAUGUUGAUUCCAUUAGUACAUGGGCUUGCAGCCUUGUGAAAUGAUGAUUCAGUUUAUCCAUUCGCUGAGUGCGCUGCACUGACCUUCUUCCAAGCCUGAGUUCCUGUUCUAGGAACUUGAGGCUAUGUAGCCUGAAAAUGCCCUGCAGUCUGCAGUGUUCUACUGUGAACUGCUUGUGUGUUGGCAGGCUACGGGUAAGAAUGGUUGGUGUCAGCAGGGAUGGGGCCCUCUGAGACCCAUCUCACAAAGAUGAGUGGUGAAAAUCUGAUCACUUGCUGCAGCCCUUUAGUUUUUAUUAAGCUGAUGCCUGAGUAGCUUUAAUAGCUAUUAGCUAUGUUAGUAGACUGAGAUCUUCUGUUAGAAGUCUUUAGUUCUGUUUUCCUUGGGGGACUAAGAAAUUAUAUUGCAGGCCUGAAUUACAGGAAGGGGAGAACCAAUGGCUAGGGAAUGAGAGCCAAUACCUGUAAAAGCAGAGUUGGGCUGGGCGCAGUGGCUCACGCCUAUAAUCCCAGGACUUUGGGAGGCUGAGGCGGGCAGAUCACGAUGUCAGGAGUUAGAGGCCAGCCUGACCAACAUGGUGAAACCCUGUCUCUACUAAAAAUACAAAAAUUAGCUGGGUGGGGUGGUGGGCGCCUGUAAUCCCAGCUACUUAGGAGGCUGAGGCAGGAGUAUCUGGGAGAAUUGAACCCCGGGGGUGGAGGUUAUGGUGAGCUGAGACUGUGCCACUGCACUCCAGCCUGGGCAACAGAGUGAGACUCCGUCUCAUAAGAAAAAAAAAAAAGCAGAGUUAAUAUAUUGCUUAUAGUUAGUUGAACCAGUUGUUUCCCACACACCAGUGCCAUAAUCUAAAGCUGAGAUUGAACACAGAUAGGUAGGUAUUAGUUAUUUUCAGGAUGGCAGAGAAUAGUAACAAUUCGGAGCACCAAUGGGAACAUUGUUUCCUGAGAGUUCAAACAGUAACAAAGUAGCAUAUGUUUCCUAAAUAUGUAUCAUGUGAAUCUUUAAUGUUUGUGGACAGUAAUACAAAUCUAGAGUGUGACAGAACAUCUUUGAAUUUUAUGUUCUCACUUAACGAGUAUUGGACUAGGCAGGUGUGGAUACCUUUCCAGCUGAAAAUCUGAUCAAGGAGGCAGACUUCUUGGCUCCAUGCUAAGAAUCAUCGAUGAUUUGUCAUAUUGGCCCUCUUGCUGGCAAAAUCUUAGUUUCUUAGGCAGUGGAAUGAAGCAUAACAAAACAAAAUCCCUAGAGGCUAGGAACAGAUAGUUUGAAAGAGAAGACACUGCAGCAUGUGCUGCUUAAGUACAUAUCUUCUGCUUUUGGAAUGGAAACUAGGAAGUCAUUUAAAUAGAUAUGUGUCUUUUUUAUCCUAUCUGUAGUAAUUUAUGUGGGAUAUUCAAAUAGGAAAAUACGGGCUAGCACUGCAUAUUGUAUCCAUGUCUUACAUUGUAUACAAAUGACUAUUAGAUUUAGAUGACUAAUUAGAUUUAAAUGACUGUUCAACUAGCCCCAAUCUAACAGAUCAGAGAUUGUGGAGUUUCACUUCUUUGGACUGUGUCUUUUUCAUUUUGGCACUGAGUCUGCAGUCACCAUAACCACUUAGAAAAAACUGUAUUUUUUCUGUUCUCCUCGUGGGUUCUGAGUUUUAGAAUCUUGCCUUUUGUGUUGUUCAGUCAUCCAGGUGCCCUUUGCCCUCUGUAAGCCAUUAAACCUUUUGAAGAGGCAGCUUUGCUGGUAGAGUCGUAAGUGAAAUUUGGACCAAAAGUGAGUUUAUGAAGACUGGUGGGCAGGAGCUCAACAGCUGCAGGGUUGUCCUGCAGCCAGUGUCUGAUGUGCCCCAGCUGGGAAGCUGAUGAAUAGCUGAGAUCUGUAUCUGUGGACCUGAAUGUUGAUCCCUCACUUCAGAUUGACAUACCUGAUGCGCUCAGUGAGAGAGACAAAGUCAAAUUUACAGUGCACACAAAGACCACACUGCCCACGUUUCAGAGCCCAGAGUUUUCUGUUACAAGGCAACAUGAAGACUUUGUGUGGCUACAUGACACUCUUAUUGAAACAACAGACUAUGCUGGGCUUAUUUGAGUAUCUCGCUGUGUUUAAGAAGACCGUGUCCUCCCAUGAAGUCUUUCUUCAGCGGCUUUCUUCUCACCCUGUUCUCAGUAAAGAUCGCAACUUUCAUGUUUUCCUGGAAUAUGAUCAGGAUCUCAGUGUUAGGCGGAAAAAUACUAAGGAGAUGUUUGGUGGCUUCUUCAAAAGUGUGGUGAAAAGUGCUGAUGAAGUCCUUUUUACUGGAGUUAAGGAGGUAGAUGACUUCUUUGAGCAAGAGAAGAACUUCCUUAUUAACUAUUACAAUAGGAUCAAAGAUUCUUGUGUGAAAGCUGACAAAAUGACCAGAUCUCAUAAAAAUGUUGCCGAUGACUAUAUCCACACCGCAGCCUGCUUACAUAGCCUGGCUUUAGAAGAGCCCACAGUCAUCAAAAAGUACCUAUUGAAGGUUGCUGAGCUAUUUGAAAAACUAAGGAAAGUAGAGGGUCGAGUUUCAUCAGAUGAAGAUUUGAAGCUAACAGAGCUCCUCCGAUACUACAUGCUCAACAUUGAAGCUGCUAAGGAUCUCUUAUACAGACGCACCAAAGCCCUCAUUGACUAUGAGAACUCAAACAAAGCUCUGGAUAAGGCCCGGUUAAAGAGCAAAGACGUCAAGUUGGCUGAGGCACACCAGCAGGAGUGCUGCCAGAAAUUUGAACAACUUUCCGAAUCUGCAAAAGAAGAACUGAUAAAUUUCAAACGGAAGAGAAUGGCAGCAUUUAGAAAGAAUCUAAUUGAAAUGUCUGAACUGGAAAUAAAACAUGCCAGGAACAAUGUCUCCCUUUUGCAGAGCUGUAUUGACUUGUUCAAGAAUAACUGAUAUGCCUUCACUCAGAAGAAAAGAAAUGAAUGUGAAAGAAAGCCAAGCAUCACUUGCACUUAAAUCAUUACCACGGAAGAUAUGUUAGCUUCAACUUUAGUUUAAAAUUAUGUGAAUAAAUAUUUUGAUUUCUACAAAUCUUAACAUUUAACCAUGUUGGUUUAAAAAUAUUAUUGCUUGCUACUUGGACAUAACUAAUUUUUCCUUGUGCAUUUAAUACCUCUGGGCAGAAUCCAAAUACUGGAUUCUCCCGUAGUUCGUCUUUAGUUACUAAGAAAGGAUGUAGGACACAUUUGCCUUCUGGAAACAAGUAGAAGCCAUCACCUGGCCCAUGUCCCUACAAACCCAUGAUUGUCAGGGAGGUGCCAGUUACAGCAGGUGAUUCAGCUACUUGAGGUCGGUAACAGACCUUCCAUUCCUCACUGAAGGUGGGGUUUGUGUUUUUGUUUUGCCCUGUUACUCCACUGGUAGUCAUCUGGUGUUUGUACUAUAACAACAGCAAGAAAAUCUCAUUUAUCUUUAUAUACUCUUUGCACCUCCUUUUUUUAGUCGAGAUAUAAAUAUUUGAGGGGAGAGAAAUAUCUACAGGUAUAUAUGGAAACAAAUAAUGUGGUCUGCUUUAUAAGAUGGCCAGAUCUACAUUAGGAAAAGUAUGAGCCCCCUCCCUAAUGGCCGCUGGGGGGUGAGGGAGGUGUGGUGUAUGUCUUUGGGCGUUUGUUUUUUUAUAAAGCAUAUAAUAAAAUAAUCGUGCUACUAA